AUGACAACACGCAGGGACGUCCUACUAGCCAAAAUGCAACAACUACAGAGAGAGCUCAAAACGGCCAAUGAGUUGAACACAAAACUUCUUCAAGAACAGGAAGAAUGUGAGCAGGAAAUUGAGUCUGUUGUUCGAACAAAUACAAGUCUCAAAGCCCAGCUUGCAACUCAAGAUGUCGAAUUCGAAGAUAUGCAGGGGCAGCGAGAUGAAUUACAGGCCAUCGUUGACAGAUUCAAGCAAUGUCAGGAGAUACACGAGCAGGCACUGCAACGCAUCCAGGACCUGGAACAGCAGCUGGAGGAGUCAGAAGCAAAAAUGACUUGCAAUGCCGGGCAGCGGGUACCCGCUGCGCAUGGAGUCACCGCGGCCUACGACGCGCCCCGUCGAGCCGGAGUCGCCCGCGCUGCGUGCCGCGUUGGCCGCGCCGGGGACACCCUCCCUGCGCGCCCUGUUCGCCAAGCGCCUCUCCCUCGCGUCCGAGCCGCGCCGCGACCCGAGCCCGCCGUCCGCACCGCGGCCUCGCCGCCGUCACGGUCGCGCCUCGCGGAGCCGGCCCCGCCGCCGCCGCCGCGCGCCGUCGAGUCGGCUCCCUCGCCGCCGAGCCUCGCCAAGCUGGCUCUGGCGCUGCUGACCUACGUCGAGCCCUCUCCGUCGCCGCCCGCCACUGCGCCGCCGCCGCCGCCGCCGGGCGCCGCACCCUGCCGUGCGCCCGCCACUGCCCCGGCACCGCCGCCGCGCCCGCGCCCGCGCGCCGCCCGCACCGUGCUGUACAGUGACGAGGCGGGCGUCGGCCUGGGCGCGCUGCUGGCGGAGCGCCUCCACCACCGAGUCAUCAACGACUGUCACCCGGGGCCACCGUCGAUCGACUGA